AUGUUGACAGCAGGUGGUCUCCGAAAUGCCUGUCCCAGCUGUCGAGCUCGAUUAUUGAGCUUGGCCGGAAAUACACUAGCUGGUUCAUCCCCCGCAGGCCGACAGCUUCGAUCAAGCUUCCCACGACAGAGCAGCUUAGCUGCGACACGAUCAUUAGACCAACACGCAAACACCCGCAGGACGUUUUCAACAACAUCACGAAGCUUCCAAGACCCCGAGCCCAAUCGCAACGAUGCCGAACUACUCGCGCGCACCGCCGAAAUUGAGAAGACGGUUCGAGAGGCGAGGCAGCGAUUCCGAGAUACACUGCCCAAGGGGUACCUCAGCGAGGAGGAAUACACAUUAUACGAGCGGUGGUAUGGGCCGCCUCUGAGGGAGACGUCCCCAGAGGAUGUGGGAAUACAAUACUUGAACGAUGAGCAUUCUGCAGGAGUUCGACGAGACAGGUCCGGUAGCCCAACUCUGCUGCGCCAGGUCCAGGGCGGCACACUGCAAGAAGUGCAGUACGCCCGCAAGAAGUCGGAAAAAGCGGCGGAAAACAACGAUGAGCAGGCAUCCGAGACGAGUGAUGAGCUUGCUGCUGCUGCUGCUGCUCAGGUCAUAGUGCCAGAGCCGACCGAGCAGGCAGCGCCAGAAGGCAGUGACAAAUACAUCAACAUGGUGGCGAGAAACAAGAGGGAGUAUGACGCGCUCAUGAUGUUGCAAAAGGACUUCGAGGCCAGCGCCCGCGCUGUGGAGGAAGAAAACAGGGAGAUGUUGGAGGAGGACGAAAUGCGGGACGAGGAACGGGAAUUCGAAGAGGAUGAGGAAGAAGAAGAGGAAUUCGACGAGAGCCAGGAUGGCAUCCAGGAUCAAGGGACUUCGAAGCGGGCAGGACGUCUGCACCCAUUCUCGAGGGAGGGCCACUUCUCGACAAACCCGAGCACAGUCAGUCUGCCGUAUGGCGGGUACAUUGCACCGGUCACAUCAAUGCUCGACAGAACAGACAUUAAGCACGUCAAGGAGGCUGCCGAGAAAGCAUUCGGAGGCCCUGGCUUGCCACACUCACCCGCCACCCCGGCGUCCAAGAUGGGCAUGGAACAACAGGCCAUCGGCAUGGCUGUCUGGCAGAACAAGAUGUCUGACAUUGAGGCGGACGCCUUCGUGUCUGCCUUCCUACCCCCCGCCUAUGCCUCGGCCAUGGGAAGCUUGGUCGAGGUUCGCAAACGCCUGGGCACGGACUGGCUGCGGAAUCUGUUCAAGAACGGGAGUGGACCUCGCGUUCUCGAUGUUGGCGCUGGUGGUGCUGGUCUCUUGGCCUGGCAGGAUGUGUCGCGCGCCGAGUGGGACGCCAUGAAGUCUCGCGGAGAGGUCACUGAGAAGAACCCUCCCGGAAAGCAGAGCGUGGUGGUGGGAUCGGAAAAGCUGCGGACUCGCGUCACUAAGUUUUUGCAGAACACGACUUUCCUUCCCCGUCUUCCCGACUACCAUCACUCAGUCGAGAACGCACAUCUUCACCUGGAUGCCAACGAAAACCCCCAGCCAAGGAAGAUGUUUGAUAUUAUCAUCGCAUCUCACCUGAUGCUUCCCGUCAAGGAAGGCCACAGACGCAAGGCUAUUCUCAACAACAUCUGGUCACUUCUGAAUCCCAACGGCGGUGUCUUGAUCUUGUUAGAAAAGGGCCAGCCGCGCGGUUUUGAAGCCGUGGCUGAUGUUCGAGAGCGCCUGCUUACCGAGUUCCUCAUCCCUCCUGGAGGUGAAAAUCUUACCAUGAGCGAAGAGAACAACCCGGCAUUCGAGAGAGAGAAGGUACCUGGCAUGAUCAUUGCGCCCUGCACAAAUCACCGCGGGUGUCCGAUGUACCAGGUUCCUGGAAAGAGUACUGGACGUAAGGAUUUCUGUCACUUCAACCAGCGCUUCGUGCGACCGCCGUUCUUGCAAAGAAUCAUGGGCGCAACACACCGCAACCACGACGAUGUGCAAUUCAGCUACAUCGCCAUUCAGCGCGGCGUCGCAGCAAAGGAGGGACCACUCGCCGGCGCAGAAGCCGCCGACCGGGCCUUUGAGGGCUUCGAGACGUCCGAGACGGCACCUGACAUGCUCUCCCUGCCCCGCCAGAUUCUCCCGCCCAUCAAGCGUCGCGGUCACGUCACGCUCGAUGUGUGUACGCCCAACGCGCAAAUUGAGCGCUGGACGGUACCGAAGAGCUUCAGCAAGCAGGCAUAUCAUGAUGCGCGCAAGGCUAAGUGGGGUGACCUCUGGGCGCUCGGCGCGAAGACGCGCAACCGUCGCAACGUGCGUCUGGGCAGGCCUGAGGUGCUUGAUGACGGCGGUCUUAGAGCCCAGCGUCAAAAGGCGGCUGCUAGCAAGAAGAAGAAGGUGAUUGGUGUCGAUAUCAACGAGACGGGUGUUAUUGGCUCGGAUGAGGGCAGAACAUCAACUGGUCCGCAGCGCAAGACGAGCAGGAAGGCGGCUCGCCAGCAGCUGUUGAAGAGUCUGGCCAAGGCGGAUGAGGAAUAA